CUCUCCCCUGUCUGGGCUGCUGGACCCUUCCAAGAGAGAUCUGGCCUGGGUCAAUGGGUCGGACGGCAGCGCCUCACCGUCAGGCCUUCAGCUCAGGGAAGCCAGGCAGUCUGACCGUAGGAAAGGCUUUCUAAGACUCUUCUCAGGCCCCUCGACACCCCCACCCCAAUUCAGGCCCUGCCUGCUUGGAGUUCCACUCCAUGAGUUGUUCUUCCAAGUCCUGGCCUUGAGAAAUGGCGCUGAUUCUGACUGUCAGUCCUCAGGCUCCAGGGUCCAGAAGAAGUCAGUACUUGGCCCCUAACCCCCACCACACUAGAGCCUUACACUCUGAAUCUGGGGACCUUGCUUAGGUUCCCUGCCUCAGUUGCCUCAAUCUCCUUGCCCUCCAGGGAGGCUGGCACCUGUUGGCAGCUACCUGGACUGUGGUGGAGGGACAGUACCCGGGGUCUUGGGUCUUGGCUGCCACCAUUGAGCCUGGGAGAGAGCCAGGCUGGAGCGAUGGGAACUGACCAAGGGCAGGACUAAAUCCAGGGACGCCUGCAGGUAGCGUGUCCCUCCCCCAGGCUCCAGAUACCUCUCUGGGGACAGCAUGGUCCGGGCACCUGGUCCCUCUGGGCCUGGAAGUCCCCUCUGAGGGUUUCCAUCCCUGGUCCCACAGGCACCCCUGGCAGGGCAGUGACCAGGGUGUGAGGGGCAGGGGCAGUAGGAGCGACUUUCUCAAGGAGGGGACCUAGCCAGCUGUGUGUAUCUUUGGGCCCCUCCCAGAGGCCCCUGUGGGUUCAUGACUUUAUCCCGCCUGCUCUGUGGCUUUUGUAGUGGGCAGAUCGGUUUCCAGACACCCCCCACUGGUUCCCCCGCCCCUCCCUGGAGCUGUUCCCACCUGUUAACAGCCCUCUCUCCUUGGAGUGCCACGAGACACGUGUGUACAUACAUGUAAGCGUAUGUGUGUGCUAUGUGGCUGGGUGGAGCUGGGGGUAUUUCAUGCUGGGGAAGAUGGGACAGGAGUAGACGCGAGGGUCCCCAAGGCUCACGUGUAAGCGAAGUGCUGCUGAGAAGCCUUGUUCCAGGAAGCAGACGGGGCGGCGUGGUGUCACUUAACAGCCCUGCUUGCCUCAGCUCUCUGCCCAGCUGCUGUCCCCCUGCUGGGCUGAGCUCUGUCCUGCUCUGCCCAGCUGGGGGCUGACCAAGGGGGCGGUGCGGCUGGAGCCAUGGCCUGGGAGACAGGAGACCUACACCUCACCCAACCUACUGUGUGGCUUUGACUGCAUCCCAUCCCUUCCCUGGGCCUCUGUUUUCUUAUUUGUCAAAGACAGGUCUCUUGGAUAUGGCGACCCUAUAUAGUGAGGUCUCUCUCUGAGGGCUGAGGAAGCCAUCCAUGUCUCUUGGGCUGGCUUCUCGUGGGGGACUCUCACCUUUUCCACCAUGGCCUGACCCGUGGAGAUAUCCCCAAGCUCACUGGCCUCCUCUCUUGUCUCUUCCAGUUGUACUAUUGGACUUUGCCGCAGCUAAAGGGGAACUCGGCUGGCUCACACACCCAUAUGGCAAAGGGUGGGACCUGAUGCAGAACAUCAUGGACGACAUGCCCAUCUACAUGUACUCCGUGUGCAACGUGGUGGCUGGUGACCAGGACAACUGGCUGCGCACCAACUGGGUGUACCGCGGCGAGGCCGAGCGCAUCUUCAUCGAGCUCAAGUUCACCGUGCGUGACUGCAACAGCUUCCCCGGGGGCGCCAGUUCUUGCAAGGAGACCUUCAACCUCUACUAUGCGGAGUCGGACUUGGACUACGGCACCAACUUCCAGAAGCGCCAGUUCACCAAAAUCGACACCAUUGCACCUGACGAGAUCACAGUCAGCAGUGACUUCGAGGCCCGCCAAGUCAAGCUAAAUGUGGAGGAGCGCUCCGUGGGGCCGCUCAGCCGCAAGGGGUUCUACCUGGCCUUCCAGGACAUCGGUGCCUGUGUGGCACUGCUCUCUGUCCGCGUCUACUACAAGAAGUGCCCCAAGCUGGUGCAGGGUCUGGCCCACUUCCCCGAGACCAUCGCGGGCUCCGACGCACCCUCCCUGGCCACUGUGGCUGGCACCUGCGUAGACCACGCGAUGGUGCCCCCCGGGGGUGAAGAGCCCCGCAUGCAUUGUGCAGUCGAUGGCGAGUGGCUGGUGCCCAUUGGUCAGUGCCUAUGCCAGGCGGGCUACGAGAAGGUGGAGGACGCCUGCCAGGCCUGCUCUCCUGGAUUCUUCAAGUCCGAGGCAUCCGAGAGCCCCUGUUUGGAGUGCCCUGCACACACCCUGCCGUCCCCUGAGGGGGCCACCUACUGUGAAUGUGAGGAAGGCUACUUCCGGGCGCCAAAGGACCUGCUGCCGACGCCCUGCACACGCCCGCCCUCUGCCCCAAACUACCUCACAGCUGUGGGCAUGGGUGCCAAAGUGGAGCUGCGCUGGACUCCCCCCCAGGACGAUGGGGGCCGCAAGGACGUCGUCUACAGGGUCACCUGCGAACAGUGCCUGCCCGAGUCAGGCGAGUGCAGGCCCUGCGAGGCCAGCGUGCGCUACUCUGAGCCACCGGAUGUGCUGACCCGCACCAGCGUGACCGUCAGCGACCUGGAGCCUCACAUGAACUACACCUUUGCCGUAGAGGCCCGCAAUGGCGUCUCAGACCUGGUGGCCAGCCGCAGCUUCCGCACGGCGAGUGUCAGCAUCAAUCAGACAGAACCCCCCAAGGUGAAGCUGGAGGGCCGUAGCACCACCUCGCUGAGCGUGUCCUGGAGCAUCCCCCCGCCACAGCAGAGCCGCGUAUGGAAGUAUGAGGUCACCUACCGCAAGAAGGGGGAUUCCAACAGCUACAACGUGCGCCGCACUGAGGGCUUCUCUGUCACCCUGGACGACCUCGCUCCAGACACCACGUACCUGGUCCAGGUGCAGGCACUGACGCAGGAGGGCCAGGGUGCUGGCAGCAAGGUGCAUGAGUUCCAGACGCUGUCCUCGGAGGGAUCCGGCAACCUGGCGGUGAUUGGCGGAGUGGCUGUCGGUGUUGUCUUUCUCCUGGUCCUGGUGGGAAUUGGCUUCUUCAUCCACCGCAGGAGGAAGAGCCUGCGGACCCGCCAGUCCUCCGAGGACGUUUACUUCUCCAAGUCGGAACAACUGAAGCCCCUGAAGACAUACGUAGACCCCCACACAUAUGAGGACCCCAACCAGGCUGUACUCAAGUUCACCACCGAGAUCCAUCCAUCUUGUGUCACACGGCAGAAAGUGAUUGGAGCAGGAGAGUUUGGGGAGGUGUACAAGGGAACGCUGAAGGCGUCGGGGAAGAAGGAGGUACCUGUAGCCAUCAAGACGCUGAAGGCUGGCUACACAGAGAAGCAACGGGUGGACUUCCUCAGCGAGGCCAGCAUCAUGGGCCAGUUCAGCCACCACAACAUCAUCCGUCUGGAGGGCGUUGUCUCCAAAUACAAGCCCAUGAUGAUCAUCGCUGAAUACAUGGAGAACGGGGCCCUGGACAAGUUCCUUCGGGAGAAGGACGGCGAGUUCAGCGUGCUGCAGCUGGUGGGCAUGCUGCGGGGCAUCGCGUCGGGCAUGAAGUACCUGGCCAACAUGAAUUACGUCCACCGUGACCUGGCCGCCCGCAACAUCCUCGUCAACAGCAACCUGGUCUGCAAGGUGUCCGACUUCGGCCUGUCCCGCGUGCUGGAGGACGACCCCGAGGCCACCUACACCACCAGUGGUGGCAAGAUCCCCAUCCGAUGGACGGCCCCGGAGGCCAUUUCCUACCGCAAGUUCACCUCAGCCAGCGACGUGUGGAGUUAUGGCAUCGUCAUGUGGGAGGUGAUGACAUAUGGUGAGCGGCCCUACUGGGAGCUGUCAAACCACGAGGUGAUGAAAGCCAUCAACGAUGGCUUCCGGCUGCCCACGCCCAUGGACUGCCCCUCGGCCAUCUACCAGCUCAUGAUGCAGUGCUGGCAGCAGGAACGUGCCCGCCGCCCCAAGUUCGCCGACAUCGUCAGCAUCCUCGACAAGCUCAUCCGAGCUCCCGACUCCCUCAAGACCCUGGCUGACUUUGAUCCCCGGGUGUCCAUCCGGCUGCCCAGCACCAGCGGCUCAGAGGGGGUGCCCUUCCGCACGGUGUCCGAGUGGCUGGAGUCCAUCAAGAUGCAGCAAUACACAGAGCACUUCCUGGCGGCCGGCUACACUGCCAUCGAGAAGGUGGUGCAGAUGACCAACGAUGACAUCAAGAGGAUAGGGGUGCGGCUGCCUGGCCACCAGAAGCGCAUCGCCUAUAGCCUGCUGGGACUCAAGGACCAGGUGAACACAGUGGGGAUCCCCAUCUGAGCCCCGCUUGGCCAAGAAUAC